AUGUCGCGCAUCACCGUGGCGAUCCUCUUCUACAUCCUCGCCGUCGCUGCCCUCAGCGCGGCGAAGGCGCCAGCGGAGUCACCAAAAGCAUCCAAGGCUCCUACUCCUGCCAAGACACCUGAGGCUGCCAAGAAAGCUGCGCUAGCUAAGGCUCCCGAAGCCGCCCCCACCCCCUCAUCGUCUAGGAAGUCUGGUCCAGCUGCUGCGACGCCAACCACUACCUCUUCAUCACCUUCUUCCACUGACGGGGAUGCAUCAAGCCCUCCCCCACCAUCCACCCCUGCGGCAUCCUCUGCCGCCAAGGGACCUGCCGAGGGACCGGUUGAUGCUAGUCAAUCCAGCGUUGCUACCCUCAGGAGUGGGGCUUCCAUAGUCGGCGCUGUGGGUGUGGUUGCUACCAUGAUCUUCUACUAA